UUUCUUCACAUACUUGUUUCAGACAUGUUUGUUAAUCUGUAGAACCAGUAUUUUGUAUCAAUUCCUGCUUGAAUAUCAAAAGCAUAAGACUGAACAUGAGGUUUUGAUACUGCUUAUUAAGUGAACAUUUGCUUCAGGAAAGAAACUAAGCAGAGGCCCAAACUUAGGAAUGUGAAAUUAUUUAUGCCUUGUUUACAUAUCUGUGGUAAAUUUGACCUUGAGUUAUUUGUGUGAAGAAUUAGAAUAGGUAUUUCUGUGGUUUCCUAAAUUCUAUAAAAUACACAAAUACAUCAGGAUAUUUCACUUGUAACUAUUGAUUUGUUUGUCUGAAUCUGCAAAAAGUAUCUGAUAUGACAUAUUCCUAUUGCAUUUCUACGGUCUGCUCCCUUGGAAUGCAACACAUGCUGCCAAAUUUACUGUAAUGAAGAAUACUUCAGUAUUGUGCCUGUCAGUUUGGAACAAUGAUGUAUCUAUGCAAUAUAUUUUGUUACUUGAAAUAGUGUCUGUGCUAUACCAAGAAAAUGAGACUGCCUACACAUCAAUUAACACAUCUGCAGAAUGGAGGAUACUAUAAGUGAUAUAGCUUUAAAGAUUUGUUUCUGAAUUUGAGCAGAUUUUGCUGUAGUAAUGAGAGAAACUACUGCCUCAGGCUAAUCUAUGAAAAAAAAAAGAAAAMAAAAACUUUUCAGAUACAGCAGAAUAACACGUUGGAAUUUAUUUCUUCUGUUUCAACACCAGCAAAUAUUUCCAGGUGCCUUGAAUCUAAGCUAUUACAGCCCUGACUCUUCUAACUAAACUUAAUAUAUUUUCUUAAAUGGUUCUGAAAUUGUACAGUGUUGUUCCCUUCAGCUGCAGGCCUUCUUGCAGUAGUGCAACACCUAAACAGAAUUCCUCUCACAGCAGGCUCUGCAAGACUCUCGAUGCAGAAGGUAUUUUGCUAAGUAGGUGCACGCAUCUGGCAGAAUGAGGAGCAGUUCUGAUGUCUCAGUUGGAAUGAGCCUGGAUUUUUGUUACUGUGAAGUUACCCACCCAUUGCUUUGGGUUAAAGUUGGAGCAGCCCAUACUUUGUUUGUUUUGUUAGAAAGAAGAGCAGGCUGGGGGUGAUGUCUAGGGGGAAACGCGAAGCCUACGGUUUUCUCUUCGAGAGGAGUCUCUGCCUGUGUUUGUGCUGCUACGUGUAUCAGACAUGUCUCCCACAUGCCACGAAGAAACUUCUGUGGCAGGGAACAGAAGGUCUAACGCAGAAUAUCAGAAAACUGGUAACUUUGCUUCAUGAUUCAUUUCACAGUUGUCUCUCUUUGAAAUUUCCAAAAUUGCCUCAUCACUCACUGGAUCAAAAGAAAACUCUCAACUACCCAUCUCACACUUCAUCCUGUGCUAUAAAAUCACAGCAAAUAGCAACAAAUGUGAACUUCAAGAAUGUUUGCCAGUCAGUGUAGCCUCCUGUUGGGAGGUUUCUUUCAACAGUGACAGUGUGUUUGAUUCAUAUCAAGUAUGAUUUCACAGCUAGGGGGAAAAGGCACCUUGGAAUGCAGUUGGACAAUAUGAGGGAGAACAAGUUAAUUAUGUUUGAAUCGUGGAUAACAAAUGGCAAGUAUUUGGCAAUGGCAAGAGAAUGGGAUUAUACUGGUGGGAUUUAUUAAAUACAUGGUCACCCCUGAAUCUUUCACUAGUCAAAUGCACAAUACAGUUUGUAAAUGACCUGGUUUGCGGUUUGUAAAUUAAGUACUCUGGUCUGUAACUUGUGUGGGAAGAAAAUCUGACAUUUCUCAAUGGAUCAAUUACUGUAACACCAAAAAUUGUCUACUUUUUUUUUUUUUUUUUAAUUUAAAAUUCAAAGAGCUGACAUUUUCAUAUUUCUGACUGAUGUAAAUUGAUCCUUGGAGUUCAGAGAUAACCUUAUUUCAAUAAAUGUGCAUAUUUUUAGUAAGCCCUUUUCUUCUGUUUUGGUACAUGUCCACGAAAUCUAAGCGAGUGUAUUUGAAGCGUUCUUCAUCCGGAAUUCAGAGUCUGAACACCUACAGAUCUGGGUUCGCUUCUGGGGAUUUAAUGCCAUUCUGAGGUGGAAUUCCCUCUUUGCCAUAUUUCCUCAGCCAGGAGCGAAUUUUUAGCAAGUGGAGGAGGGUAAUCUUGAAUUUAAUCAAUUGAAGCUGGCAAAGCCCUAAAAUAUUUCUUUCUGAUGGUCCAGCUCCUAGAAAUCCUCUGUAAAGGGAUGAAGCAGGGCGAAGAGUCCUGGUUCUUCCAAGAAAACCUACACAUCUUUGCAUUAUGUGGCUGUUAGGAACACAGAAUUGAGAAAAGAGGCCUUUGAGGCUUUUAACUUUAGCUUUGUAAUUUGCCUGUCUCAAAACUGAAUUCUGUGCUGGGGUUAGAGAUCUGUAUGUUCCUAGAUAUAAAAAAGCCUGUGCUCCAUAUCACCCAGUUUCAGCAGAUAAAACAGGAACAGAGUCUAAUUCUUACUUCACUUGGACUACAGGGAAAAGACAUAGAUUUAAAGAAAGUGGCAGAAUGAGUACUUAAUUAGCUGCCGUCUGUAUGUUUUCAUGAAGCCUGUGAUUCCUGUCAUCAACAAAAAGCAGUGGGUUUGUUUUUUUUGUUUUUUUUUCAAUUCAGGUGGUAGUUAGAGCACCUGCCCAAAGCUGAAUUAUUCUGGGGAUACUGGCUAUUUUAUGCCUUUUGUCACUGGUCUCAGAUUCGGUGUUUCUCAGCAGCUUCAGUGACAAUCGGCCCAGUAACAUUUAAAGCACUUUUUGUAAUCUUUGAUUUCAAAAUGAACAUUGGAAAGCUUUUUGUUGAUGGGAAGGUUGAGACCUGGASGGCAAGACCCGUAGCGCUCCCUCCCUAGGCCAGUUUGCAGCUUUCUUGCCUUUCUCUGUCCUGUGAAAGCAUCUCUUUUAGACAAAAGAGGACGUUUGCAACAUUUAUAGGGAGAUCAAAGCCUACAGGAUGUUAGGAAAGCUUCUUUUCAGUAAAGACCGAUAGCAUAAAGCUUAAUGGGUACCGCUUCUUGUACACUUGGAGAAAACUUUGACACCUAACACUGGAAAAACCAGCGCUCCAUAUAAUAUUUGCAAACAAAUUCCAGUUAGGAGAAUUUGAAAUUAAGAUGAAGUAGUUGUAAUAACUUGGAAUUCACGAUUCUAAGUAGUAGUUUCAAAAAGAAAAAAAUUCUUGUUUAGUCACUAUCAAUCCAGGAUUACACAAUGUCCUGCUUUUUUAAUAGUAAUAGGUCUGCUUUAUUAGAAAAGCUGUAAUAGAGAUUAAGGUAUUAAACAAACAUCCUCCCGUCUCUCAGUUCUCAUGGAAAUUAUGUCAGUGCUGGGAGAACCAUUUAGAUAAUCAAAAUUCCAGAAUGUUUCAUUAAGGCAUGUGCAGUAGGAUAAAUGCUCAAAACCCAAAUUCAUGAACUUUGGAGACCUUUGGCUUUUGUUUCCCAAAAUAGUCUAUAGCCUAGGUAGCAGAUCCUGCAACUCUUCACCUAAGUAGACCUGGUGAAGUUAAUGAUGUGAAUAAAAGUUUGAAAGAUGAGGACCUACAUAAACAAUCUACAACCGAAAGGUAUCCAGACUGUUUUAUGGCAUCUAUAUCCAACUUCAUUUAUCCUUUAUCAGCAGUCAGGAUUACAAACAGUAGGUGUGCUAUGCAGCACCGAAACGGGGAUGGAGACACGCUGGGGAAGAGCUGACUUGCUUUCUUUGGGAUUACUUUCUUGAAAAAGAAGCAGUCGUAGCAGUGAUGCCCCAUGCACCUGUGAGACAAACCAACCAUAUGGAAAGGGGCUGAAGAAAAAGCAUACAAAGUCCUUUCUGUCCAGUGGAAUAAAAUAUUCAUAGAUAAAAAGAAUCAGGUGUUUUGCUUAGUGAAGAAUUCAAGUUUUCAAAUCUCUGAUCUGAGGGGUUUCCACUCAGUAGUCUGAAUUUUGCUAUUUUACUCUGGCUACUGGAUCAAGCAGGUUUUCAGUUCAGAUCCAGGGAAUGUUGUGAUCUCUGUAAAAGUGAGAGAGAGCUUCAAGACUGAAGAUAUCAAAUGCUGUCUUAUAAUUGAUUUUUGUGUGUCUGCACGUACAAUUAGCUUAAAGUAUUAAUGUAAAAAAUAGGUAGCUGCAUCUAAUGAUUUUUUUUGAGUAAUCUGAACCAUCUGCCUCUAUAUAUUAAGGAGUUCACUCUUUAAUCCAGAUUAUGGCUGACAAACUGGUUUUGGCAUUCACGUUUCACUAGCACUGUGCCCUUGAAGCACUGAUGUGGCUCUAGAAACUCUUGCUUACAACUGUUGGGUUUGAAAACAGUUUUUGUUUGGCUUCCUUGUAGUUGCUUUUUUAUAGCUUCUUUUUUUCCUUUUUCUUUUUCUUUUUUUUUUUGAGAAGAUGGCCUUUCUAAUGAAAAGUAUGUUGAGCAACCAGGUAAAGAAUUUGGGACUUGGAGGUGGAGGGGAAGAAAGCAAAGAAGAAAGCACUCCUUCUGAUCCAGCAGCAGCUGCAGGAAUGACCAGAGAGGAGUAUGAGGAAUAUCAAAAGCAAAUGGUUGAGGAGAAGAUGGAAAGAGAUGCAGCAUUUGCACAGAAAAAAGCAGAGCGAGCCGUCCUGAGGGUUCACCUGAGAGAAAAGUACAGACUCCCCAAGAGUGAAUUGGACGAGAAUCAAAUACAAAUGGCUGGAGAUGAUGUGGGAUUGCCAGAAGACCUUCAGAAGAUGGUGGCAGAAGAUCAGGAGGAGGAAGAGGACAAGGACUCUAUCCUGGGCCAGCUGCAGAACAUCCAGAAUAUGGACAUGGAUGCCAUCAAAGAAAAGGCACAAGCCACCUUCACUGAAAUGAAACAGGCAGCUGAGCAGAAAUGYUCCAUGAUGUAGAAGAGCCACCACUACCCAAGGGCUCUAACUUCAGUCUUGUCUCGCUGAGGCUGCAGAGGGAGAGCAGGCAGAGGGAUGCACGCARCUCUAUUAGUAUUCGGUGUAAAUAUAGAAAAGGGACGAGAGAGAGACUUAAAACCGUGAGGGGAGAGUGAAAAUUUACAUGCUUGGACUGCCUAGGAAGAAGUUAGAACUGAUCCUCAGUUUUGAGCAUAACAUUUUUCCCCAGAGUAAAAAUGGAUCUAAAUAAGUUCAUGUUGGGGAAAAAAUGUGCCUUUCUCAAUUUUCUCCAAGUGAUUAAAAUGAUAUUAAAUGUGUCUGGUUUAACAAAAUUGUACUUCUGAUACAUCACACAGAGGUAACCACUCAUUUAAUCCUACUUUCAAAAAUAAACGUACAUUUCUUAUAAAAGCAUGUCUGUUUCAAACAUCUUGAAGCAAACAGUGUUCAAAUAUUGACAUUUGCUGCAAAAACUUGAUUCUUUUUUUUCAUCUUUGUACAAAGAGUAGCAAAUGGCAAAAAGUGAAGCACAUAACUCAACAGCUUGGGUCAGAAAUGUUGUCAUAUACAGAACUGAGUGCAGGAAAGCAAUGCUUGGUGGCUCUCAGUGAGUCCUGCUCUGGAGCAGUGCAGGCUUCUCCAGGGUGCUUUCAUUUCCCAGCCUCUCAAAGACACUUCACACAUCAAGGGAGAGCAGAGACCCGCUGCUCGGCUGCUCUGUGUGCCAAAUCCUGGGGCUUGGGGUACCACCACAUAACUCGUAUAAGCCAAAACAAGCUCCCCGUGUUGAUUCUGGGAGUUAUCUCCAUCGAAGGCUAAUCAUGAAAGGUUAUGCCAGGGUAGGGCACCUGAAGCUCGAGGAAAAGCACAGCUUCCACUAAUGCUAAAUCUGACUGAGGCUGCGGGACAGGGAGGCUGCUAUUCCCAGGGAAAUCAGGAAAAUGAAAGACUUCUUAAGUUCUCCAAUAGCUAGCCCAAGAAUUAAAUUUGGAAGUAAAUACGUGUAGCACUUUCCUCCAGGUUUAUAAGUCUCUCUCUCUUCCUGU